AUGAGCGAGUCGUUUGGCCACGUGCGGGCGCAGCUGAUAAGUGGCCAAGUAUGUAUGGUGGAAGGAAUUCUGCCGGAGACGACCAUCCUGGAUUUGAAGCAGAAGUUGAAGGCAUGGAAUCCAUCUGAAGAUGAUCUCACCCGACAACUGAGCUCCGUGCAACUGGUUGUUGAUGGCAAGAGGUUCGAGGACGAUGAGAUGGUGGUCGCAGCGAUUUCCCCGACUUCAGAAGUGCAGGUCGUGUUCACCAACCCCGCUGUGGAAUGCGCUAGCCAAAGAUGCUGCUGUUCAUGGGAGCUACUGGACGUUUGUAUCCCAGAAUCUGUAGGCAUCAUCGAAGAUCAUGCCUUCAAUGACUGCAGUCUCCUGCUACGCGUGAGCAUCCCCAAGUCAGUGAGACGGAUUGGAGCUUGCGCGUUCGCUGGCUGCAGUUCCUUAGAGAGCUUGGUCAUCCCGGACUCAGUGACUGCCAUUGGCGACCACGCCUUUGAAGGCUGUCGCUCCUUGGGCGAUCUGUCCCUCCCAUCCGUGGUGCAGAGUCUGGGCGAAGGACCGAAAACGGCGUUCCUUUCGGGAUCGACGAGGACGGGUAGGACGUGUCGCCUUCUGGAACGAAGACGGAAGAGUUCCGAACGGAAUCCCGUUGGAUCCCGAAAACGGUGCCCUUUUCGGGGGAAGCGUCCCCAAACCCGCGGUGGAAUCCCAAACUGGUCUAAGUGA